UGUGAACUUACAUCCGCCAAGUGCAGAUAAUCCUGGGAAAUAUUUACUAAACGUUAAAGUCACUAAAAGCCCUUUUGUUCCAUCACAAGUACGUGUAACAAAGAGGCCCAUAAAAAUGAAAAGGCCGUUUUCUGAUGUUCUACCGCCAUCGCCUUUUAACGAAACAAAUAAUCAAUCUUUAGAAGGACGUUAUUUAGUGUAUCUGUGUGACCCUCAACACUUGUGCGGAGGGUGGGGCGACCGUCAACGCGGGAUUGUGUCUACAUAUCUGUUGUCUCGUCUGACUAAACGCCAGCUGAAGAUUAUUAUGACAACCCCUUGCAACCUGCGGUUAUUCUAUAAACCAAAUAAAGUUCAGUGGAUGCCUCGUGCGAACGAACUUGUCACAAACUCAAAUAUCACUAUCAAUGCCUUGUUGGACAAAAAUUUCCAGUUCAGCAUCAAGGAUGGCGAUUUUAACGUUAAGUAUUCACAGAAAGUUAUCUACCUGAAAACAAACCAAGAUUAUUACAGUCAUCUGACUAAAAACUCCGCCUACUCGUCAGUCCUGGACCAAUGGGGAGGACUCUACAAAAGGCGAUCAAGAUUUCAUUGGGCAUGGACCGAUCUGAUGCAACCAUCACACAUGCUUUUAAGCCAUCUCCAGUACAUUUUAGGGCCUCAGUUGCUAAUUCGAAAAGGAUUAAUAUCAAAACCUGUCAAAAUCAAAACUGUGAAUUCUACCUCCGCAAUAGGGAACUCAACUUUAAUCUGCGCCCAUGUAAGAAUGGGCAAAAAUCCAACAAUUCCUAUGGAUGAAAACCUACAAUCCUUUAGCAUUGAACACUUACCUACUUUACUCAAGUUCAUGUCAUCUAACGACGCGCUUGGAAACGCCAAGUUUUUUGUGGCUACAGAUUAUGAACAUGUUCGAGCUGAAUCAAAACAGUUUUUUGGAGAUCGUUUGUUAGAUUAUGGCGGGAAAAUCUUACACAUAGAUCGGCAAAGAAGCGAACAUAGCGCGUGUGUGGGGUUUGAGGUGGCACUAAUCGAUCAGUUUAUAUUAAGUCUGUGUGAUAUUUUAAUUGUCUGCAAAAGCGGGUUCAGUAUUAAUGCAUCGUAUAUGAGUAAUAGCACUGGACACGUGUAUUAUAUGAAGGAUGGGAAGAUUGAACACAUUCAGGAUUGA